AUGGCAGAGCGCCUGAGGGAGCUGACAACCACUUACUUCAAGGUGUGGAACUCCCACGAUCAGGCUGGCAUCGAGGCCUUGCACUCGGAGAAGUCCACCCUGAAGGACUGGAACGCAGAGCACGGUCCUACGCGCGCAGACGUGGCCAAGGGCAUUGCUGGUAUAUGGAAGGACGUUCCAACAAUCAAGAUCGAGAUUGUCGAUUUGUUCACGUCAGUGACGAACACAUGCGUCGCCUCCAUUCGAGUGAUCGUGGACGCAGCGACGACGCUGAAGGUCACCGAUGUGAUCGAGUACGAUGACGCUGGGCUCGUCGUGAGGCUAGACGCGUACGUGGCUCAGCCCAAGCCGAAGGUGCUUUUCGUCCUCGGGGGUCCCGGCGCCGGCAAGGGCACGCAGUGCGCCAAGAUCGUCGAGGAGUUCUCGGACUGGGCGCACAUCUCCGCGGGCGACUGCCUGCGGGCUGAGCGCCAGGACCCCAACUCGAAGGACGGCGAGCUGAUCGAGCAGAUCAUCAAGGAGGGGAAGAUCGUCCCUGUUGCGAUCACCGUCAAGCUGCUGCAGAAGGCGAUGGUCGCCAGUAAGAAGAGUUGUUUUCUCAUUGACGGCUUCCCGAGAAACCUGGACAACGUGACCGGUUGGAAGGAGAACGUCGGAGAGUUGGGGGCUCAGGUCUGUGGAGUGCUGUACUACGAGGCCAAGGAGGACGAGCUGGAGAAGCGACUGCUGAGCCGUGGCGAGACCAGCGGCCGGUCGGACGACAACAUCGACAGCAUCAGGAAACGCUUCAAGACGUACAUCAGUGAGACGAUGCCGAUCAUCGACGAGUACAAGGCCAAAAACCUGGUCUACACGGUGGACGGGAUGCCUCCCGCCGACGAGGUCUGGAAGGUCACGCAGGGCAUCGUCAGACAGGUGGAGGCGAUGCCCCCGAUGUGA